AUGCCAAUGUGGUCGCGCAAAAGCUCAUCACGUAGCUCAGAGUGGUCCAAUAGAAGCUCCGAAUCAGGCUACAACACCCGAACAGCGGGCAAGAUGCACCGCAAUCUUUCCAUCCGCUCCGGCAAGAGCAGCGGCGCCACCGGCUCGUCCUCCGGCGGCGGCGGCGGCGGGGGGUCCCACCGCGUGGGCUUCUCGCUGUCCUCGCUGCGCGGCUCCAUCCAGCCGGAGCUGUCGCGCAAGCUGUACCAGCUGAUCAAGACGUCCAACAAAGUCAUCAGCGCGCACGAGGCCGCCGGCAAGGAGCGCGUCAGCAUCGCGACGCAGCUGUCCGAGUGGGGCGAGCAGACGGGCGACGAGGCCAUCAGCGACGUCAGCGACAAGGUCGGCGUCAUCCUCAGCGAGAUCGGCGAGCAGGAGGACAACUACGCCCACGCCCUCGACGACGCGCGGGGGUCCAUGAAGCAGAUCCGCAACACCGAGAAGAGCGUCCAGCCCAGCCGCGACGGGAAGCGCAAGGUCGCGGAUGAGAUCGCCAAGAUCAAGUCCAAGGAGCCCGAGAGCGCCAGGCUUGUCGUCCUCGAGCAGGAGCUCGUCAGGGCCGAGGCGGAGAACUUGGUUGCCGAGGCCCAGUUGACGAAUAUCACCCGUCAGAAGCUCAAGGAAUCCUACGACGCCGAGUUCCUCGCCACGAUUGAGCGGGCCGAGAAGCAGAUCAUCCUGGCCCGCCACGGCCGCCGCCUCCUUCAGCUUCUGGACGACGGUGCCGUCGUUCCAGGAGACGAGCGCCAGCCCUACACCCACAGCGCCCAGGCCCGCCAGAUCCUGAACGACGCCGAAGACGACCUCCGUGACUGGCAGCCCGAGCCCGAGGACCAGCACCUCGGGUCCCACCAGCACGAAACGAUCCACGACCAGAAGCAGUCCGCCGAGCUCAGCAGCCCGACAACCGUCUCGAGCGGUGGUGAGCUGAGCCCCCGGGAGACCACGCACGGUGGCAUUGCGCAGAAUGUAUCUGGAAAUACGGGUGGUGAGGUGGCAGAGCCCGCCUCGACCGCCCAACCUCAAGGUGAGCCCGCGUCCGCGAAGAGAGGAGCAGCAGGUGGUGGGGGUCGGGGAGGCGAUAGUAGAGUCAAUGGCGGGGCCUACGGUUACCGCCGAGGAGCCUCAGACGCUGAGAUCGAACCACAGUCACCGCAACAGCAGCUUGAGGGAAGCACCAUAGUCACGGCUGGCAGCCCUGUCAGCUCCGUGGGCGGGUGGAGGCACCACGAUGGUGGCGUCCUGAGGAACAAGCAGUCCGGCCUGGCAUUUUGA